AUGGACGUGGACGUGGGCGUGGACGUGGACGUGGACGUGGCCUGCACGUGGACAUGGACGUGGACGUGGACGUGGACGUUGACGUGGACGUCGACGUGGACGUGGGUGGACUUGGACAUGGACAUGGACGUGGACGUGGACGUGGACGUGGACGUGGACUUGGACGUGGACAUGGACGUGGACGUGGACGUGGACGUGGUCGUGGACGUGGACGUGGACAUAGACGUGGACGUGGACGUGGACGUGAACAUGGACGUGGACGUGGACGUGGACGUGGACGUGGUCGUGGACGUGGUCGUGGACGUGGACGUGGACGUGGACGUGGAGGACUUGGACAUGGACAUGGACGUGGACAUGGACGUGGACGUAGACAUGGACGUGGACGUGGACGUGGACAUGGACGUGGACGUGGACGUGGACGUGGACGUGGACGUGGACGUGGACAUGGACGUGGACGUGGACGUGGACGUGGACAUGGACGUGGACGUGGUCGUGGACGUGGACGUUGACAUGGACAUGGACGUGGACGUGGACGUGGACGUGGACGUGGACGUGGACAUGGACGUGGACGUGGACGUGGACGUGGUCGUGGACGUGGAGGACUUGGACGUGGACGUGGACGUGGACUUGGUCGUGGUCGUGGACGUGGACGUGGACGUGGUCGUGGUCGUGGACGUGGUCGUAGACGUGGACGUGGUCGUCCACGACGUGGACUUGGACGUGGACAUGGACGUGGACGUGGACCUGGACGUGGUCGUGGACGUGGACGUGGACAUGGUCGUGGACGUGGACGUGGACGUGGACGUGGACGUGGACGUGGACGUGGACGUGGACGUGGACGCGGACGUGGACGUGGACGUGGACGUGGACGUGGACGUGGACGUGGACGCGGACGUGAACGUGGACGCGGACGGACGUGGACGUGGACGGGGACGUGGACGUGGACACGUGGACGUAGACGUGGACGUGGACGUGGACGUGGACGUGGACGUAGACGUGGACGUGGACGUGGACGUGGACGUGGACGUGGACGUGGACGUGGACGUGGACGUGGACGUGGACGUGGACGUGGACGUGGACAUGGACGUGGACGUGGACGUGGACGUGGACGUGGACGUGGACGUGGACGUGGACGUGGACAUGGAGGUGGACAUGGACGUGGACGUGGACGUGGACGUGGACGUGGACGUGGACGUGGACGUGGACGUGGACAUGGACGUGGACGUGGUCGUGGACGUGGACUGA